AUGCAGAUGAUUCCGAAGUGUCUAGCAGUACCACUGGUUGCAGCCGCUAAACAUAUCGGUGAGUUCUCAGUGGAGUGCAUUGGUGCCUAAAUUACUUUGAAUUUGUACUCGAGUAAAAGUAGAAGUAAUUAACUAUAAAACGACUUGAAUAGCAGUAAAGAGUACUGGAGGUAAAACGUACUUAAGUAAAAAGUACAAAGUAUCCUUAAAAAAUACUUGAAGUAAAAAGUAAAAGUAUCAUUGUUUGUAGCGUGUAGAGGGGGGCUUCUCCAAUGGAUUGAUAUACAAAAGACACAAAACAGCACACGCAAUAUAUGCGUGCACUUAUAUGCUUACAAGUAAACCACAAACCAGAGAUCCCAUGCAAACGCAUAUAGAGGUCCUAUUACCUAUCCCAAAAUUAAAAUAAAAUCCGGAAUAAAUCACGUAAAAUUAAACAAAAGUUAGAAAGUAACGAAAGAUUUCGCCACAAAAUGAAAAUAACGAAGUAAAACGUUACUUCUUAAAACAACUUCGUUCCAAGUAAAAUUACUCCAGAAAAAGUUUACUUUGUUACAUGAGGACUUUGAAAAGUUUGAAAGGUUCUAUAUAUCUAGAAGAGCUUUCUUUACAUGGGCCCAAAACAAAUGUAAGAGAAUUCGAUUUCAUGCAUUUGGUUUCAAAAUAAAAAAAUGGCAUGCAUAGUUUGAUCUUUGGUGAAUUUGGAUUAAUCUCGAACGGUCUGUGACAGUGUAUCUAGUGGCGAUAGUAAGAAAGCUGCGGAUUUAUAGGGAUACAACUACCUGAAAAAUACAAAGAGAACUUCGACGUUUCGAACGAAUUGCUCUUUGUCGGAAGUUAAGUAACUUCUUGGACCUUUGCUCGAAACGUCGAAGUUCUGCCUGUAUUUUUCUGCAUGGUGGUUGUAUCCCUAUCAAUUUUUCAUUUUGAUUAAACAUGUUCUAUCACUUCUAUGCAAUCAAUUUCUCGCUUGUGAAUUAAAAAGUGUUAGCUUUGUUAGUGCUAACUACAGUUUGUUCAUUGGCAUCGUGAUUAUUGGUAUAAUCAAAUAUUAUACAGUAUUUGAAAAACACUAUAUGAAAUAAGAAAUUGUUCAUUGUGGAUCUAGGUGGAUGCCCUGUUGUGUCAUUGUGGCCAAGUAUGCUUAACAAUUGGAAAAUUAAAGAUGAAACAAGGUACGAGAAUUGCGAUAUUCAGACAAGAUAAAGCCUAGUAUAUACGUAUGUACCUGAAGAAUAUUUCAGAUUGAAGAAUAUUUCAGAUUUAUUCAACUUUGUUUAUUCUGUUUUUUUGGGUUUUUUUCGUAUCAUACCAAAGACCUUUGGAUUUAAGGUAAUUAUUACAGCCUUUACCAUGGGUUUCCACACCUUUCCCAGUGUGGACACACUCAGAGAGUUCAAUAUACAUUAAAGGUGAUGUAAAGUCCGUAAUGUAAACAAACGCUUUGUUUACAUUUUGAACUCAUUGUUACAGUUGUAAAAUAUGAUUAGAUAUUUAUUAUACUGAAUUUUUAACACUUUUCUGGUUCGUUAUGCUUGUAAAUGAAUACAGACUAGAGAUUCAAUUCAAGACAGUUCGGAAAGAGCGAAAUAUUAACAACAUUCCAAAGGUUGCUCCCAACACCGCGGAAAAACGUCUGCGCAUGCACCAAAUUAUGAAAAUAUGGCGGGUAAUUUGAAUAUCAAUUUCUAAAACAAAAACAUGCUUAUUAAUUGGUAAAAAAUUAGUAAAACAAACGAGAAAAUAUAGCAAAUGGGUAGACUAGACAUUAAUUGAAAACGUCCUGGCAUUUAAAGUAUGGAAUGAAAUAUAAUUCAUAUAAAAAAUUGUUGAUUUUAACGGACACGACUUCGAAAAUUUUUGCAAAAUUAUUCAAAACAAAAAUUCAAACUAAAAAGUUAAGAAAACUCUCGAAAAGUUAAGCUUCUUAACCCACUCAAAUUGUAGAAUAAAUCCUAUAGUUUAAUUAUUGUGAACACGAAAAUUUUUUAUAUUUGGCGACAUAGUUUUUUUUAAAGAAAUGUAUCUCAAACGAAAAUUCGGAAAUUGUCGUUGCUUAGUUGAUAAACAAAAUGUUUCAGACGAUAAAUUUGUCAACAAUCACCUUUAGUUCAUGUUCUUGUACAAUACAAUUCCUUGAACCUUCUGGCUGUAUUUAUUCCUAGUUUUUAGAAUGACAUGUUUAUUUUUGCGCUCGAAAUCUGGCUGUAAAGACGCACAAUGAAGUCACUCCUUUUUACCGCCAUUUUGAGCCUUCGGAAACGUUCGGAACAGCUUCUCAGCAAGUUCGUAAUAGUAUUACAGGUAAGGUUGACGCAUGCGCAGACGUUUUUCCGCGGUGUUGCUCCCCCACUGAUGGAAUGUUUUGAUGUGCAGAAUAUAUGCGCAGAACGGACUUUACCGCACUUUAAGUGUUUAAGUACUGUUUAAUAAACGAGCAGGAGUGUUUUAUUAGGUUUAAAGACACGAGCGCGCAGCGCGAGUGGCUUUAAACCUAAUAAAACACGACCUGCGAGUUAAACGGCUUCAAACACGACUAUACAAAUUCAAUAGAUAUACCGCCUUAUUAGUAUUCUUUAUAUAAAAAAUAUUAAUGAGGACACGACAACAAUAGGUACUGCCUUAUUAGUAUUAUUUAUAUAAAGAAUACUAAUUAGGAGUGUUUUAUCAGGUUUAAAGCCACUGCACGUGACAUAUUAUAGUUGACAUGAUUUGCCAAUAAGCUUAUGAAUUAUUAAUGAGUGUUUGAAAUAUAUUUAAAAUACUCAUUAAUAAUUCAUAAACCUUGUGGCAAAUCAUGUCAGCCAUAAUAUGUCACGUGGAGUGACUUUAUAUCUGAUAAAACACAUGUGGCUUUAUAUAAUUGUUCAUCUUAAUUAGCAUGAUUAUGCUGUGGUUCAUCCUAAUUAGUAUUCUUUUGUAGUCGUAUUUUAAGCUAUUCAAAACACUCGUUGUCGUGUUUUAUCAGAUAUAUAACGCUCGGCUGCGCCUCGCGUUAUAUAUCUGAUAAAACACUCCUACUCGUGUUUUAAGUAGUACUUAACUCUCCGAGUGUGUCCACACCGGUUACUGCGGUGGGAAUAGAACCAGCGAAUUUUGCCGGUUUGCUGGUCCAUUGCUCUACUGGUCCAUCGCUCUGCUAACUCAGCUACGAGGCUACACCGGUUCGAUUGGAUGAUAUUUUGGAACUCAGUCUAGUUUGAUAUCAGUACAUGUUAAUGAUUACGCAAUGAUUGUGCUGUUGUUAACUCCAUAUAAAUUAUUCGAUAAAUUUCUUACAGAAAUGUGGAGAUGCAGUCUUUAUAUACCGGGUCAAAAGACGAACUUUGGUUCUUUUUAAUUCACUGGCAGAUAGAAAUGCAAUCUGUACCUGCAAUUAAGGUACGUCCAUUAAUGUUUCACCUCUCACGGCCAGAGCAGCAUUCAACAACCAACACUUCCCUGAAAGUGUGAACCAAGAAAACACAAAGAACCUAACAUUUAACUGACUGACAAACUAACUUACUAACUAACUAACGAACAACCUAUUUACAGGCCUGCCGAGAGGGGGAGGCAAAUUGCCCCGGGCCCCGACUCAUGGGAGCCCGUAGUCAUUUUUUCGGGCGAAAUAUUUCUUUUUUGCGGGCAACGUACCGCAAUUUGGUAUGGAAACAUUAAAUUAAAACGUUCUUGUCCGGAAAAUUUUUUCCCUAAAAAGUUGUCGACGGGGGGGGGGGGGGCAUAGGAGCCCCCGAAACAAAUUGGCUCCGGGUCCCCGAAAAGCUCUCGGCGACCCUGCCUAUUUAACAAACUAAAUAAAUAAAUAAUAAAAUCAUUAACCUACUAAACACUCCCAGUCACCUAGAUAACUGGCUUAAAACAGCUUACAGUAACCAACUAACCAUAUAACCAAUUGACAAACUAAUUAAUAAAUGUAUCCAUCAAUUUCUAGAGCGUGGUUGCUGCACAAAAGGUAAACGGUACCCUUCAGACUAUACAAGCUCUACUGAUUGAAAAAGUACAGCUAGUUUGCUAUAUUUUUCAAUAAAGUAUAAUUUCCCCGUUGAUAUUGAAUCAUCCUCUUCUUCAAAUCACUAUCUUUUAAUAAUUAAGAUUAAAAAUCAUCUGCCACCUGGAAAAUAUUUUCAAAAUCUGCAAUUAUUAUUUUACAGGCUGUCUUAGAUGAUAAUCCAGAAUUACUGUGUGCAUGUUUGACUAUAAUACAAAAGACAUUUCAGAUCGUGAAAACAUCAUUGAAACAACUUUAUGGUAAGAGGAGGAGUAUACAUUAUUUAAUUUGGCAUAAUAAAGAUUUUUAAAAUAAGCCCUUAUUAUCCGCGAAUGCAUAUGUUUUAUAGCUAUUAUCAAUACUGUAUUAAUAUACAUCUUCAUAAGUUCGUCAUUACCUCCAUCAUUUUCUUCACCAUCUUCUUAAUCGUCAUCAUCAUUGUCAUUAUCACUAAAGUCAACAUCAUCUUCAUCAUCAUGACCUCUUCCCCCAUCUUCAUCAUCAUCAUCUUCAACACUUUCAUCAUCACAGUGCCUUUUUUAAGGAAUUUUCACUGGGGGGCAAAACAGGGAAAAAAGGCAGAACGAAAAAUAUGAGCCGUCGAGGUUUGGCAAACGCGCGAGUCUGAAGAGAGAGUUUGUAAAACUUUAAUUUAUUAACUUCACCUAUAUUUUACUUUAAACAAUAGCUAUAAUCGUACAGCUAUAACCAGUGGCGUAGCCAGACCUUGAUUUUUUUUUUUUGGGGGGGGGGACCUCACGCCGAAGUCGUGAGACCGUCUAGGAGGGUCCGGGGGCAUGCACCGCCGGGAAAAUUUUGAAAUCUAGGGUCCCUGAAUUGCGAUUUCAAGCAUUUUGGAGAGAAAUCUAGCAGAAUUCCGAAGAUUAUAAAGUACAUCGAAGACAUGAAUUUUUCCAGACAUUUCUACUCGGAAUUAAAUAAAUUGGAAAAGUCACCUUGAAAAAUAGGAGGAGAGGUCAGUGUCACCUUAUUUUCUCUCUGUGAUGCUUAGGUUCUAUGAGACACCAUUUCCGCAUUCUCAAAAUUGCGUUGCUUUUUCAUACGAUACAGAUUAAAUCUGAGAAGAAAUAUUCAUGCUAUGGUGAUGCAUACAUGUAUUUAACAGUUAAAACUCUAAACUAAAUCUAUUCUUCUUGGAACCAGCAUUUUAUCGGAUUGUUUGCAUGAAAUCUAUCGCUAUUAUGAAAUACUCGGUGAAGAACAAUAUGAAUUACACACAAGAUGGCUGUGGAGGAAGCUAUGGAAGGGCAUAAUCUCAUUAUCAAGUAAAUCAACGGCAAUUCUGACAGCAAUCAUGAGCAAUUCUGCUUCGCACUUCGGGGGCAGAAAUGGCUUUACUGGGGGGGGGGGAAUUCUUUCCCGGGGGGGGGGCAAUUGCCCCCCCAGAUAUAUAGUUAAAAAAGGCACUUCAUCAUCAUCAUCUUCAUCGUCACUUUCAUCAUCAUCUCCAUCAUGAUCUGUAUCACCCGAAGUUGGCUUCGGUGGUGCACUAUAGGAGCUUCGGUGGCACGGUUGUCAGAGCAAGCGACUUUUACCAAUGAGAUCGUGGGUUUGAUUCUCUCGUCGUUCAUUCGUGUGAAAAGAGUCAUGCUCUGCCGAAAGUCGUGGCUUUUCCCCGGGUGCUCCGGUUUACUCACAUAGAAAGUUGAUAGGGUGAGUAAGGAUAAAUACAGUUAAGAAAGUAAUUUCACAAUUGUUGUAAGGGAUAAAAUAGUUUAGGCUAAGCAUGUAAUUAGGUAAGCGUAAUACUCGAUGUAAAGCGCAUUUGAUCAUAUCCACUUGAAUGUUAAUUUGCGCUAUAGAAAUCUUUGAUCUUAAACCUUUAAUCUUAAGUUGAUUUCGAAUUUUUGUAUCUUUCAGAGCAUUGUGAUCCUGCUUUCUUUUAUACGAAGCUUCGCGUAUUUUUAUCUGGGUAUGUUUGGCAGUAAACACCUACAUCUGUACAGGAUAUAGCCAUGUAAGGUUGAUUAAAUAAGUUUAGUGAUGAAGCCAAAUCCAUAAAUAAGACUUGACCUACGAUUCCUAGGCCUGUAGGUCAGUUCGGAUUUAUGUUCGAGUAUAAGUCCACCAGUAAAAGCAUGGCAAGAUAUGGGGACUGAAAUCUAGAGCAGUCUAGGAGUGUGUUUCCCCCAGAAAUUUGAAAAAUUGAGGAUUGAAAAUUAUAGUUUUUGCACUAUACUAUAUAUGGCGCAAAAUUUGAAGAAAUUUUAGUCGAAAUCUUAGUUAGUGAUAUUUCUUUAUUUUAGUUCUAGAUAUUCACAAUAAGUAUUUGAUCAUUCGUAUAUAAGUUUUUAUAAUUUGCACUGAUCCGGACAUAUGGGUCGUGAAGUUUGCCCAAUUAAUAAUUGUACAUGGUGUUACCGUGUUAGAGUAUAGCACAGUUAAUACUAGCGAUCACAUCAUUAUUGCAUUUCAAUCGGAUUUUUUAAAUGUUUCUUUUUUAAGGAUUUAUAUUUCGGCAACUCGAUCAACAGUGAUGGUUUUAAUUUGCUUGAUAAUUUAAAACAAUGUUACGGAAACCUACGGUUUUAUUUUAAAUGUUCUCAAUUUUUGUGGCUAGCCCGUUUGCGGGCUAGCCACUAUCACAUACACAAACGCGAUGAGCGAUGAUGAUGGUGUCCAGUCCGGAUUUUCGUAAAGUAUCUAGACGGCCAGCCAACCUCAAUAAAAGUGUCUCUAAAAUGUCAUUGAUGGCAUUUUUUGUUACAAGCUGGCAACUGGCGUUUUCGUAUAGCUUAGGCACUGGAGAACAACGUUUGAUAGGUUGCCACCUCUGAUAUCGACUUUAAAGUGAAAAAUUUUGAGAAUCUGAAAAUUUUGUCUAUUAAAAUUACUAUACUCACUAAAUUAUGAAAUUUGAAACCAACUUUCAGCAAAAAUCACCUAUAUAAUCAGAAAGUUCGGAAAAAAGUAGAUAUAGAACAUUUAAGUGAGAAGUGUGAAUUAUAAUCCUGUUUUCAGUUACGGGCGCUUAAAGUUGCUAAAAAACAGGUUUUGUGACGUCAUUCACCGCAUUUUACCUAUUUUUAAGUGUCCAUAACUCGAAUUUGACUAAAUAAAUCGUAUUACUCGUUUAAAUGUCUUAUAUGUACUUUUUUAUGUUCUUUCUAACGAUAUAAACGAUGCUAAUUUAAGUGAAAUUCAAAUUUCACAUUUUUUUGGGAGUAUAAUAAUUUAAUAGGCAAACUGUUCAAAUCCUUAAAACUUUCUCUUCGUUCGUUAAAAUCAGACGUGGCAACAUAUCAAAUGUGACUCACCAGUGUCUAAGCUAUAAGAAAACGCUUGUUGUUUGCUUGUAACAAAAAAUGCCAUCGACAGUCAUAUUUUGAUCGGCUGGCUGGCCGUCUAAUCGGGAGCAAUCGGAAGCGCCCGUAUUUUUCUGCCGACAUUUCACAUUUGCAUUUCGAGGCAAUACUAGUGAUGUUGUUACGACGCAGUUGUUAAACCAGAAAAUUAAAAUAAAGUUUAUCUUCAUGGCUUCAACCUAUGGUGUCGAAACCGAUCAGAAAUUGCGCCUACUCGCCGUGUAAAUAUGGGUUUUGAUUUGCACUUUUGACUGAUUUGCCAUCUUGAAUUGUCUUCUUGUUGAGAUUUCAUAUCUCAAUUGCAUUCGAAAUGUUUGGUAUUUUAAAGAAGGGGUAUUGUGUGGAGGAGGUUUAUAAUGCAGCGAAUAAAACCAGCAUUGGAUAAUUAUGGUAAAAGACCAGAAACUGUGCAUCGAACUCGUUUAUUUAAAGGCUUUAAGUAUACCUUUUCUUCAGACAUUGACGGCGUCUCAAAUGUCUACAUAUUUGUAAUAAACCUAUAAAGGAUUAUUGCGUCUGUCUGUCUUAGGAGUUAUAUAGUCGAAUAAUUCAGCAUGAUUUGUCUCACGUUCUCUUAUAAGUUGACUAAUAUUGCAUAAAAGUGGUAAAAGUUGGUGUGCUAACCAAGAUUUCAGUGUAUUUGUUUGCUAAUAUUGCUAGGCCUAUAUCGCAAACGCUAUUUGCCUAUUAAAAUAUCAUAUGACACGCAAUUUUAAUUCCACGGCAAAACUGCUGUUGCGCAAAUAACAAACGCGAGAUUAAAUAUAUAUGACAGUAUUACAGUUUAGUAAUAUUGCAUUAAAAGUGGUAAAAGUUGGCGUGCUAACCAAGAUUUCGGUGUAUUUGUUUGCUAAUGUUGCUAUAUCUCAAACGCUAUUUGCCUACUAAAAAUAUAUGACACGCAAUUUUAAUUCCACGGCAAAACUGCUGCUGCGCAAAUAACAAACGCGAGAUUAAAUAUAUGGCAGUAUUACAGUUUAGGUAUCUUUUAAAUUGCUAAUAGAUCACACGGAAACUUUUACAAUCGUUAUAUUCAAAAGCCUAGCGUGCAAAUUCACAUAUUUGUGUUUUAUAUUCAAGUGUUUGAAUUCGCUAUUUACAUGGGAAGCGACGAGAUAUGACACGGUAUUUUUCAAGUAUACCGUGAAACUCCACUGACAAAAUGAGCCCGCACAAGUGGGAGAAAAUUUGCGCAUUCUGACCAUCGUGGUGUCUUCUUAUUACUAUUAAAGUUAACCAGCAUGGCAGGCUUUCUGGGUUUGGAGGAGGGUUGGGGAGUUAAAGUUUACCAGGCUAGCCACAUGUACGCAUUGCGUACCUAUUUUUUAAACUGUAUACAGGAAUAGCUUGUUAGUUGUUUGUUUACAUUUUAAAUCAUAUGUUUUUAAUUAGUUGGAAGAACAGCAAGUCACUACCCGAUGGAAUUAUUUAUGAAGGAGUGAGCACGAAACCAUUAAAGGUUUGCAUUAUCCUACACAUUAUAAGUUAUAACAGCGGGGAAUUUGGGGGUAUGAGCGCUGAUAUACGCAUUGGAGGAAAUGACACUUCGUUGUGAGAAAGAUUUCAAAGAAAUCUCGAAAUUACUGAAUCGUGUAACGGUUCACGCAACGCUUUAAGGCAUGUAACGGAGGUUAUAUGUACUGUAUAUGUAUUCAAAGAACAGUAGCCGUUGCCUUCAAAAAUAGGAGGUUCUAAUUAAGCUGCUUUUCGCCUACGAACGUCACUAUAAGUUUAGAAAAAAGUUGUGUCAUUUUUCUGCGCGUGUAUCUUCUCUUGUUUACUGAUGUGUUGGUUAUUGUAAUAAUAUUGACAUUCGUACGUACAAAUAUUAAUUUAAAACGGGCUUAAACAAAUAUGAACUUCACCUUGCGGAUCGAUAAUUCCAUGUGCGAAUGUAAAUUCUUCUUCUUCUUUUUUUAAUUAGUUUUCAGGAGCAAGUGGAUCACAGAGUACUACAUUCCAUGCGUUCGAUGCAGUUCUUGGCAUAGUGCAUUCUCGGAAAG